CCCGGCCCCGGCCCCUGCCGCCGCCCCCGCCCCCGCCCCGGCCCCGGGCCCGGGGGCAGUCGCGCCUGUGAGCGGUGGGACCGCCAGCCACCGCAGCGCCUCGUGCCGCGGUCUCCUGAGGAGCGAUGACGGAGUAUAAGCUCGUGGUGGUGGGCGCCGGCGGCGUGGGGAAGAGCGCCCUGACCAUCCAGCUCAUUCAGAACCACUUCGUGGACGAGUACGACCCCACCAUCGAGGACUCCUACCGGAAGCAAGUGGUCAUCGACGGGGAGACGUGCCUGCUGGACAUCCUGGACACGGCGGGCCAGGAGGAGUACAGCGCCAUGCGGGACCAGUACAUGCGCACCGGGGAGGGCUUCCUCUGCGUGUUUGCCAUCAACCACACCAAGUCCUUCGAGGACAUCCACCAGUACCGGGAGCAGAUCAAGAGGGUGAAGGACUCGGAUGACGUGCCCAUGGUGUUGGUCGGGAACAAGUGCGAUCUGGCCGCGCGCACCGUGGAGUCUCGGCAGGCCCAGGACCUCGCCCGCAGCUACGGCAUUCCGUACAUCGAGACCUCCGCCAAGACCCGCCAGGGCGUGGAGGACGCCUUCUACACCCUGGUGCGUGAGAUCCGGCAGCACAAGAUGCGCAAGCUGAGCCCACCGGACGAGGGCGGCCCUGGCUGCCUGAGCUGCAGGUGCCUGCUCUCCUGACGGCAGCGUGGGCGCGGAGCGCUGGGUGCCACGCAGGAGGCGGCACAGCGGGGAAGGAGGGGGGUGCCGCCAGAGCCUGGCCCCCCAGGCCGGUGGACAGAGUGCCCACGGGCCUCCCGGGACGCUUGCCACAGACUCUGGUGAACUGACGCCGCUGGCCCCCAGCCUCGCUCUUCUCCAGCCCUGUCCUGGCCCAGCGGGCGCAGGCCGAGUCGCAGUAAAUUAUUUCAUG